AUGGCAACAACUAAAUCUGAGCCACCUAUUAAGAGACAAAAACAACUUUUAUUGGUAAAUAGAUUUGGAGCACCGUCAGAACUGCAAAUUAAAGCGUUUUACGAAGCAAUUGUGAGAAUGAUAGCAGAGGACUUGCAACCCUUAUCAAUUGUGGAAAAUGAAGGACUUAAAAAUAUGGUGAAGUUAUUGGACUCUAGGUAUAAAAUUCAUAGCAGAAGGGCACUUGAUAGAACUAUAAUACCUAAUAUGUAUACAAAUUUCCGAAAUAAGGUUCAGACUCUUUUAAAUGAUACUAGUUAUAUUGCCAUUACUACUGAUAUCUGGACAUCAAUUAAUACAGAUUCUUUCAAAACUAUGACUGCACAUUUUUUUCCAAAAGGACAAAGUAAACUGAAGACAGUUGUCCUGUGUACAAAAAAAUUAAAACACAGUCAUACUGGUGCUCAUUUGGCUGAAAUAAUGACCAGUGAAUUGAAUAGUUGGGGAAGUCUAGACAAAGUAGUGGCAAUCUUUACUGAUGGUGGGUCUAACAUCAAGUCAGCAGGUUAA